CACAGGGCGAUCAUUGUCAAGGUCCUUGGUCGUUCGUUCACAUUCCUCUUUCUUCAACGGCGCCUGCAGUCCAUAUGGGCCAAAACAGGAACAAUAUUCGUAACCAGUAUAGGGCAGGGCUUCUAUUCCGUUCGGUUCACGACGGAGCGUGACUAUGAUAGAGCCUUAUACGAGGGUCUAUGGAUGAUCGAGGAUCACUAUAUCCUUGCUCGACGAUGGAAAAGUGGCUUCGACCCCGAUGAAGGAGACGACGUCCUAACCAAUCUCCUGGUUUGGGUUCGCCUGCCGAAAUUACCCAUGGACUACUUCGACCCCAUGAUCUUGAGUGAUAUUGGAAACUCCAUCGCUCGCUACGUCAAGAUGGAUGCUGCUACUCGUGAUGCGUCGAGAGGACAUUUUGCUCGAAUCUGUGUCGAGGUGGACUUGACCAAGCCAUUAAUAAUUAAGUACAAACUGGAGAGGAGGGUCAGAAGGCUUGAAUACGAGGGUCUGCAUAAUGUAUGCUUUAGUUGCAGAAGAUUUGGCCAUAAUGAGGCCUCCUGCCCCAAAAGAGAAGUCCCGGAGCCCACGCCUGAGGAUUUCCAACGCGCACAACGCGUGGUCUCACAAAGGAAGAUUGAGGAGGAGAUCCCAAAGAUUUUUGAGGACUUUGGACCUUGGAUGUUGGCUAUGAGGAACCGACGUCGAAGCAACCCGCGUGAACAGCUUACUGGUAGGGAUCCCCGUCGAGGUAAUGGUCCGGGAACUUCAGCACCAGCAAGCUCCGGGUCAAGAAUCAAUAUUCUUGAGGACCUCAAUGAUGAGCUGACCGAACACCCGAGCGCAUUGGCGACAGCAUCAAAGAAAGUCAUGGUUGAGGAGAUGAAUACUAGCAUGGAAGAGGAUGAGGUUUCAAUGGAAGUGCAGGGGGAUACAGAGAAGGUUGGGGAACAAGGAUCUAUUAGGGUGAGUUUGGAGGCAGAUAAAACAAUCGGAGGGGCCGCAUCUACAGUCGAUAAACCUAAGAAAAUGAGUACGAGAAAGGAUGCUGGUGGGAGCAAACAGACAGUGGUGGCGAAGGGCGACAAAAAAGCAGGAACGGGCAAAAGUCAGGCUAAUAAUAAAUCCAAGGGAAUGGAGAAGAGGGACCCUAAAAAGAUGGACAAAGCUCAAGAGAAACAACGUGGGUCAGGCAUCCUCUUCCAUCUACCCCACCCCAAUCUAGUCGUGCGAAAGCAGCCGGCGACGAUCCCAAAGGGGUGGCGAGGAGUCUCAACUUGA